AUGGAAUCUAGUGAAGUUGUUGAUGGAGCAGACGUAGUUAUUCCAUUGACAUCGGUUAAACAAGUCAUAGACAGGUAUGCUAACACUUUGUAUGGGUACUUUCUGGGAAAACGAUUGGCGUUCCCUGUGGUAGAUUUCUUUGCAAAGAACAACUGGGUUAAAUAUGGGUUAUCUAGAUUAAUGAUGAAUGCAAACGGGUUCUUUUUCUUCAAGUUCAAGACUAAAGAAGGGAUGGAUCAAAUGUUAGAGGAUGGCCCUUGGUUGAUAAGAAAUGUUCUGAUAAUUUUGAAAGAGUGGUCAACUUCUAUUAAGAUGGAGAAGGAGGAUAUCAAAGUUGUUCCAGUUUGGGUCAAGAUGCAUGAUGUGCCGUUAGCGGCAUUUACUGAGGAUGGUCUUAGCUUGGUUGCUUCUAAGAUAGGGGUUCCUAAGAUGUUGGACACAUAUACGGCCAUAAUGUGUGCUGAGUCUUGGGGAAGAAGCAGCUAUGCAAGAGCUCUCAUUGAAGUGCAGGCGGGGACUGAUUUAAAAAAGAGUGUUACUGUUGCAAUCCCAUCUUUAGAUGGUGGUGAUCAUUCUAAGGAGGAGGUAAAAAUUGAAUAUGAUUGGGAGCCUUUAAGAUGCUCAUCUUGCUGUGUUUUUGGUCAUGAAGAUAGCUCGUGCCCAAAAAACCCUCAGGUUGUGGGUGCCAAGAAGAAAAAAGCUAAUAACCAAGGUCUUCAUAUGAAGAAUCAGAAGCCGAAGUUAAUUUAUAGGCCAGUUGUAAACCCUAAACCAAAAUCGUCCUUGAGGAAGCCGAUGAACAAUCAGGUCUCAACGUCAAACACAUUCGAUGUCCUUAAGGACGAUAAUGGAUGUCAGGGAGGUCUUACUGUGGGUCGUCUGGAGAAGAAGGCUAUGCAGGAUUAUGACAAGCAGGAGUUAGAUGAGGAGGUUGUUGAAGUCUACAAUGAAACUAAUGAAUUUAUGACUUCGGGUACACAUCCUUCAUCUUCUAGAGCAAGGGCAAGCAACUCCUCCACAAAGAUCUUCAAUGGUUAG